CCUCUAUUGUGUCCUUUCCUUUUAAAGCAAUGUUGUUUACUUGUUUACUAUUUUUAGGUAUUGAAAGUGAACAGAACUUUGGCUUUACUUAAUUUUCUUUUAAAAAGCGUUUCUAUGUUUUAUCCAGACGCUUAAAAGGAUGGCCUCAGAUCUAGAACAGUUAUGCUCUUACGUUAAUGAGAAGAUUGGCUAUAUUAAGAAAAUUCUGUCAAUACGAAAUCUUGGCCAGGACCCUGCCUUGAAGACCACCUUAAGCAAAAUAAGAGAUGAGAUCAUCACAGUCAAUGAGCUUCUAAAUCAAUUUGAAUUGGAAAUUCAGUAUCAAGAACAAACCAACGAUUCACUGAAGGAGCUCUGUGUCUCUCUUGAAGAAGAUUUUAAAGAUGUGGAGCAUCUCAGAGAACACGUUCCUUCCCACUUGCCUCCCGUGACAGUGGCCCAGAGCUCGGCUGACAAACCAAAUCUGGACCCUAAAGAACCAGUUGAAGUUGAGGAACCUGUACUGGCAAAAAGGCCCCCCAAAGAACAGAGAGUUAUCAAGGAGAUGCCGUUCAUAACUAUUGAGGAGUUCAAAGGCGUUCCCGCGUACAUGAAAUCCCGUUUAACAUAUUGCCAAAUUAAUGAUGUCAUUAAAGAAAUUAACAAGGCAGUAGUUAGUAAGUACAAGAUCAUACAUCAAUCAAAAGCAUCUAUGAGUGCUGCAAAGAGAAAUCUCUACCAAAGAUUUAUUAAUGAAGAGACGAAGGACACAAAAGGUCGGUUUUUCAUCGUGGAGGCAGACAUAAAGGACUUUACGGCUCUGAAAGCUGACAAGAGGUUUCAUGUGAUCUUGAACAUUUUGCGGCAUUGCCAGAGACUGUCAGAGGUCCGAGGGGGAGGACUUACCCGAUAUGUCAUUACCUGAGGCUUUGGCAGGCUUGGGAUUGAUUGGCAGUAAGGUGUAGGGGGUAGUCUUGAAAUUUUGCUUUUAGCUUCUACAUUUCCUGGCUUUGUUUAUUACAGAAAUAAAACUUUGUUUGGAUAGAACAUAUACAUUUUCAAAAUGUCUUUAGGGACAUGGAUGAAGCUGGAACUUGGAACAAACACACUAAGCCAAAGUCAGAAGGAAUGU